AUGACACAGCACCAUGACGAUAAGGAUGAGACGUUGCAAGAGUUGGCCGAGGCCCACGGCAUGCCAAUUGUUGACCUCCUCCUCAGCAUCGAGAAGAGCCAGGCCCGGCGAGGUAAGGACCUAAGCGUCAUCCAGAACCUCAAAUGUUUCACUCUAGAACGGUGUCGCAAGCGGAAGCGAAGUCCCUCCGAUAGAGACCCAGAGCUAGAAGAUUCAAAGUCCCGCUUUUCGCUGCGCAGGCCAGACGAAGAUAUCAACGCCUACAAAAACCACGAGUAUGUUGCCGUGUCAUGGGCCUGGCGGCUGCAUGCUGGCGACAAGGAGGCCGGUAAAAGUCAAGUAUACGAGGUACAGACCAGAGAUCGUGCUCGAUGUUGGCCUACGCGCAUUCGGGACCGCGUUCUCGACCGCGUGCGAAGCUAUAUGGGCCAUCAUGGCGUCAAAUCGCUGUGGAUUGACAGACAUAGCAUCCCACAGAAGGCCUGCAAAUUCUGGCGUCAUUGCGACCACGACAGUUGCAUCCAAAAGCAGGAGAGCCUCGAGGCCAUGGACUUGGUGUACAAGUACAGCAAUCACCCGGUGGGCUUGCUCGAGCUGCAGAUCGAAACGCAGGGAGACCUGGACCACCUCGCUCUGCUAGUGGACCAGAUGCUGGUCGAUGAAACGCCAUUGGGGCAGCACUUCCAAUUAUCAGACAGCGCACAGCUGCCUGCGGUCAGGAGAACACUGCAUCUGGUGCAUCGGAUCAUCAGCGACACGUGGUGGCGUCGAGCUUGGAUAUUCCAGGAAAACUACCGUGCCGGAACUGGGAUGACCUUGCUGAUAGGGCAUAGUCCGGACUUGGAGGAAGCGAAAUGGUCUCACGGCACUUUCGGCCGUGUUCGUGGCGAGCUGUGUCUCAACUCUGUAGAUUUCUCCUACGAAGUGACCAAGCUCUGCCUGGCAAUGCAGGGACUGGACCACUUGACAGAGAAGGACGGGGAAAUCAUCCAAGAUAUCCUCAGCGCGGCUGGGAAGUACACCAUCAUGUUGCCAGGGUCUCGUUCCAUGUCAUCCAGCAUUAUCGCCGACCUCGAGCAGAGAGACGUCGAAGAUCCGUGGGACCGGCUCGCCAUUACCGCUAAUUGCUGCCAGUACUCAAUUCGCCUCGACGAAGAGAGACUGAAAGAUGAGGAACAAAGUCUUAGUCUGGCAAUGCUGGCCAUGUACUUGCUGAAUGGAGAGAUCCUGGACAACUCGGACCGUCGCCCAUACCGCGGGCAAGUUCCGAACAUGACAGUCUCCAGCUUCCUCAAGGCAUUGUCUUUCGACGGAUUCUAUGCCCCCGGCGACAAAUGCAGUCUCUCGUUCAAUAAAGGGUGCCGCUUUACCGAGGUGGAUCUCACGCCGGCCGGAAUCCGGACGAAGGGCCACCUCUGGCGGCUUGGAGACAUCAUUGAGACUGCAGAUUUCUCAGACGACCUUCGGCGAAUCCAGCCUCCUCACGGCACCUUGGGACUGCAUGAGCGAAAACGGCUGCAACAGCUGGCAUCGCAGCUCAAAGCUUUAUCUCACGAUCACCUCGCCGGCCUGUUCGAGGAAUAUUUAGAUCGCGAUGCGCGAAGUGGAGGUGACGCCGAGUUCUGGCAAGAGACUUUUUCUCAAAGCUCCAUGAGGACCAUGGCUAAAGAACUUGUCAGAGCGAUAGAUCAAGGCAGGAUACUCAGACUCGGGACCUUAGUUGGGCUUGAGGACGCAAGCGCAGUGUUCAUCUGGGAUGAGGAGGAUGAGGACCAGAAGCCUACGCGCGACGGGGUUUCCUCUCCUUAUGUCUUCACCGCCUCGUGGCCUCGCGACGAAAGCUCAGAGGACUACGAUGCCAACGACCUCGACCGCCAUGUCUCACUGGAAGUCGUCGUCUCCAGGACUAGCACAGAAAGAACAAAAGGGUUGCCUCAGCUGUUCACCAAACGCUGGCUCACUGGCUUGUGUUUCUUUGCGGGAUGCUGGAGACAAAAGGUUAUAUUCCCGUGGCCUCGGGAAUUAAAGAGCAUAGCCCCCUGA